AUGACUGUGGCUUCAGUGGGAAUCAGACUCAGGACACAAAAUGCUGUACAGCCCAGAGCAGAAAUUAGAGAAACAAACGAGGACCAGAAUUUAGUGGAGAAUGUGUCAAACAAUGUUUACCUGUUGGCUGUGACGUCGCAGCCUGUAGGGGGCACUACAGAGAAGCUAUGCAUCACCGUCAACCACUGUGAAUCCAUUUCACUCAUGGUGUCCCUGCAGUAUAACCACAAGAAUGUCACACUUCUACAGAAAACACUUGCAAGAGAGGAGAACUACUUCUGUAGCCCGUUCCAGGUUCCUGUUGUAACCACGCACACUGUGGCAUUUAUAAGGAUUCAGAUUGAAGGGUCCAGAACAUUCCUGGAAAACGCGACAAACAUCCUCAUCAGACCUCCAGAACAAGUGCUCAUCGUUAAGACAGACAAACCCAUCUACAAACCAGGACAAACAGUGAAGUUUCGCAUCAUCUCUCUGGAUAGCAGUUUCCUCACCUACAAUCAGAAGUUUCCGAAAAUAGAAAUGGAGGACCCGAACUCAAACAUCAUUGGUCAGUGGCUGAAUAUCCCCACAUCCUGCGGUCUUGUGGAUGUGUCAUAUCCCAUCAACUCUGAGGCCACAGAAGGAGUUUAUGUUAUCACAGUCUGGGACAAGAACAACAACGAGUUCACACAAUACUUCGAAGUCAAGGACUACGUUCUGCCAAAAUUUGAAGUGACGGUCCAGCUGCCUCCAACAAUAACCAUCUUGGACACGUAUGCCAUCCUCAAAGUGUGUGCAAAAUAUACGUACGGGAAGCCGAUGAAUGGGACGGUGAGGGCCACCGUCUGCCAUAACAGCUACAAAUACAUAUGGCUCCCACCAGGAUCCCCAGUGAUUCCCAACAUCUGUAGGAAUUAUAAAAUGGAGACUGACAAGAAUGGCUGUGCAGAACGUGUUAUAAAUCUGAAAGAAUUUGCAUUAAACGAUUCACGCUAUGCUGCUUCAAUUGUAGCUGAUUGUGAAGUGGAAGAAUACGGAACUGGCGUGAUUCAGAAGAUUUCACGCGACUCUCCUAUAACAGCUAUGAUGCACACAAUUACAUUUGAGAAUUCACUAACAACGUUUAAGCGCGGACUGGCAUAUGACGGAAUGACUGACAAGAAUGGCUGUGCAGAACGUGUUAUAAAUCUGAAAGAAUUUGCAUUAAACGAUUCACGCUAUGCUGCUUCAAUUGUAGCUGAUUGUGAAGUGGAAGAAUACGGAACUGGCGUGAUUCAGAAGAUUUCACGCGACUCUCCUAUAACAGCUAUGAUGCACACAAUUACAUUUGAGAAUUCACUAACAACGUUUAAGCGCGGACUGGCAUAUGACGGAAUGGCACAGACUGAAAUGGCAAACAAUCCAACUUUACUCAUGCUAUAUAAGCGCAAACCAUACUACCCUACAGCCAAGCUCUUUCUUCAGGCUUUCUUUUCUGAGAGCCAGAGUUUUAUUCAACUGAAGAGCAGCUUGAAGCCUUUCAGCUGUAAUACAAAUGCGAUCAUCAAGGCUGAGUACAGGAUCCAGGAGAGUGCACUCAGACCACAGCAGAGCACCUUGACCUUCUACUACAUGGUGAUGAAUAAAGGACAUUUAGUUCAAGAAGGACGGAUCAUAGAAGCCAUUAACCCUGGAACAGAGCACAGAGGUGAACUGGUGAUUACUCUGCAGAAGAUGCUAAAGGUAACCCCUGUUGCUCAGGUGGCCGUGUAUACAAUCCUUCCCAGUGGUGAGGUCAUGGCAGACAGCAUGAACUUCCCCAUUGAGCUGUGUUUGUCAAACAAGGUGUCUCUAAAAUUUUCACCUUCUGUGGAGAUUCCUGGUGGUAAUACGACGCUGACGCUGAGAGCUGCUCCAGGUUCGCUGUGUUCAGUGAAGGCAAUCGAUAAGAGUCUGCUGCUGCUGCACCCAGAGAAAGACCUCAGUAUCCAAUCAGUGUUCAACAUGCUGCCUGUCCAGAAAUUAUUAGGAUAUCCAUUCAUCAUCACAGAAGAGGAUUCGACCACAUGCCAGAGGAUCCCAAGGUCCUUCACUCUUGAAGUUCUUCAAACCAAUUAUCUGAACAAUGAAAAUGUGGAUGUGUACAGCGCCUUUAAAAUUAUUGGAAUCAAGAUCAUCUCCAAUGGGAACAUAAAGAGACCUUCAGCAUCUGUACCCAUGUCCACAUCCACUGUCUUCUUCCUGUCCACUGAAGCAUCCGACCAGCCAUCUACAACCCAAUCAGAAGCCAAAACAGUUGUUUCCAUCCGCAAUUUUUUCCCAGAGACGUGGAUUUGGGAUCUUGUUCCAGUCAGUCAAUCUGGAACGAUUGCCAUUAAUAAAACAGUUCCAGCCUCCAUCACUACAUGGCAGGCUGGUGCAUUUUGUACAUCACCUGAUGGAUUUGGAGUCGCCCCGAUAGCUGAGGUCACUGCCUUCCAGCCUUUCUUUGUGAGUCUCACCAUGCCAAGCUCCAUCAUCCGAGGAGAAGCGUUCACACUCAAAGCCACUGUCUUCAACUAUCUCCAAAGCUGUAUGAUGGUGAAGGUGACUUUGGCCGACUCACAUCAGUUCUUCGCAGAAAUUCACAGUAAAUGCAUAGAGAUACAAUGUCUGUGUGCUGCUGAGAGCUGGACCUUCUCCUGGACCAUCACACCUCUGGUUCUUGGGGAGGUGAGCAUCAGUGUGACAGCAGAAGCCAUUCACUCAUCGAUUCUCUGUGGGAAGAGUAAAGCUUCUGUUCCAGAGAAAGGACACAUCGACACAGUCAUUAAAACACUGCAAGUGAAGGCUGAAGGAAUCAAACAGUGUAAAGCUGAAAAUAAGCUUCUCUGCCCAUCAGGUGGAGUUAAAGAGAUGGUCUCACUAACCCUGCCUGAUGUAUUUGUGAAUGGUUCAGCCAUGGCUUCAGUCUCUGUGCUGGGAGAUCUGAUGGGCCGAGCUCUACAGAACCUGGCGAGUCUCCUGGCAAUGCCGUAUGGCUGUGGAGAGCAGAACAUUUUACGUUUCGCCCCCAACAUCUAUAUCCUGGACUACCUGAAAAGCACCAACCAGCUCACACCUGAGAUCAGGAGAAAAGCUCAGAACUACCUCCUGAGCGGGUAUCAGAGACAACUCGACUACAGACACAAUGAUGGAUCUUAUAGUGCUUUUGGGAUGAGCGAUAACUCAGGAAACACAUGGCUGACUGCGACAGUGAUGAAGUCUUUCGGACAUGCGAAGCGAUACAUCUAUAUAGAUCAGGUGCAUGUGGUUCAGGCAAAGACCUGGCUCAGUGAACAGCAGAAGGCUAAUGGAUGCUUUACCUCAGUGGGACAACUCUUCCGGAGCAACAUGAAGGGAGGAGUGAAUAAUGAUGUGACCCUCACAGCGUACAUCACAGCUGCAAUGCUGGAACUCAAUUAUACAAUUACAGAUCCUGUGGUGAGAAACGGGCUUAAAUGCCUGAUGAAUGCGUCCGCUCAGGUGAACUCCACCUACACCAAAGCUCUCCUUUUCUACACCUUCACCCUAGCUGGAGCUCACGGAAUGAGCACCACACUCAUGUCAGAGCUGGAUGAAGUGGCCAUAACCUCAGGGGGUGGGAGACACUGGAGCUCAGUGAAUGAUGGGAUCAAGAUGGACUCUUUGGAGGUGGAGAUGACUUCAUAUGUUCUUCUGGCUCUGUUGUCUGGACCCCAGAUGCCUGGGUUUGAUCUGAGUUACAGUGCCAGCAUCGUCCACUGGCUUUCUCGGCAGCAGAACGCUUUCGGGGGCUUUGUGUCUACACAGGACACUGUUGUGGCUCUCCAGGCUCUGGCGAAAUACAGUACCGCCACUUACAGACCAGAAGGACUCAUUACUGUUUCUGUAACAUCACCAUCAGGGCUGAUUACCUCAUUUGCAGUCACUCAGAGUAACAGGUUGCUGUAUCAGGAGAGUCAGCUGAAGGAGGUUCCUGGAGAUUACAGAAUCAAAGCAGAAGGGAAAGGCUGUGUGUACGUGCAGUUCACUUUGAGCUACAAUAUCCCUCCUCCUCCUGAUUGCUCUUCAUUCAGCAUCUCGGCCUCAGUGUCUGGAAACUGCAAGGUCCCAAAUCCAUCUCUGAACGUGACCAUUACUGUCAUGUAUACCGGUCAGCGUGAGGAUACCAACAUGGUGGUCAUUGAAGUCAAGCCUCUUUCUGGAUUCAGUGUGGACUUGAACUCUGUGCAGCUCAUGAACGGCAAAUCAAACAUGACAGAUGGAGUUGUGAAACGUGUGGAUCAAACUGAUGGUAAUGCAAUCAUCUACCUGAAUAAACUGAAUAAAGAAGUGGAGAAGGUGUACACCCUGACGAUUGUACAGAACCUUCCAGUGAAGAACCUAAAACCUGCUGUUGUGAAGGUUUAUGACUACUACAAGCCCGGUGAGAAGGCUGCAACUGAGUACACCUCUCCAUGUUCAGUUCAGUGA